AUGCAGGACACAGUCCAGCCGACAGCGCCGGCAGUUCUUUUUAGCGCACGCCGCCCACAUCAGGACUGGUUCGAUGACGCCGACGCCCCCAUCAGCAAACUGCUUGCUGAGGAGAACCACCUGCGCAAGACCUACCUCAACCGCUCUAUCGACGACAAUAAAGCAGCCUUCUACCGUAGUCGUCGUCUUGUUCAACAGUGGCUGCGGGAGACGCCGGACGCCUGGAUGGCUCGCAAGGCCGAGGAGAUCUAA